CUACGCUCCUGUACAACACCCACCCUCCCCGCCUUGGGUCCUUUUCAUCCUACAAUGAUCCAUAUAAUCCAACCCCCUUGAUCCCUGCUGCAACUCGCCAUGGACGAGGCCCCAUCAACACCCGCCGUGGGCAACCAGAAACGACCCCGCGUUUCGGAGGAGAACCGCAAAAGAGCGGUGCGCGCCUGCGACGGCUGUCGUCGCGUCAAGGAGAAAUGCGAAGGGGGCGUCCCCUGCCGCCGGUGCACUCGAUAUCGCCGCCAAUGCGUCUUUACACACCCAGACCAAGCAGACAGGCUCUCGCGCUCAUCGUCCAUCUCACUCCUAGAACGAACCGCCGCGCGCAGCCGCCAUGACAUGCUCGAGUCGGAGAGGAUCCGGUGCAUGGAACGGAUCUUACAGCACUACGUACCGAACAUUUCUUUCGAUAUACAGUCGCUCCGGAAAACAGCGGAGGAGCUGAAGAGUAAACACCGUGGUUCAGACUCGGAUGGAGGACCUUCGGUCGUCUUUGACAACGAGGAUAUGGAGGAUUUGGCGAUCGAGGACGAGGACUUUACAAUAAAGGCUUUGCCGGAUAAUACGACGCAAUAUUCCGGCGAAUUCUCCUAUCUGAAUUUCUCAAUGAAGAUUAAGAAGAAGAUUGAUGAGUGGAUGAAAGCCGAGUCCCCAGAGGCAUCUACCGAAGCAGAGCCUUUUGAAGAGCGAUGGCGCGCAACGCAAUUACAGUCUGGCGCCGUGGUAGCCGCUUCGGUUACAAGUCUACCGCCACGGUUCGUGGCCGACUUCUUAGUGCAGAUGUUUUUCAAGUACGCGCAAACAAACAACUUCUACGUCGAAGAGGACUGGCUCAAAGAUAAGCUCAACACUUGUUACGUGAAUCCAGGGAGUCUCGGAUGCAACGAUGCCGGCGCGGUGUGCUCUAUCCUGAUGGUCCUAGCGAUUGGAACACAGUUCGCACACAUGGAAUCGGCAACCCCGGUAAACCACUUAACUAGCGAAGCUGACCAUUUCUCGGAAGACGAGGUUGGGUUGACGUUCUACCAAUUUGCAUCCAAAUUGCUUCCUGACAUUAUUGCCUCCGCCUCUAUUCGAAGCGUUCAGGCCUGCCUGUUGAUUGGGACAUAUCUAUUGCCGCUCGAUACGUCAGGUCUUUGCUACACUUAUUUUGGCCUUGCCUUGAAAAUGGCGAUCCAGAACGGUAUGCAUCGGAAGUACAGCGGCGAGGGGCUACCGCCCCAUGUGAUCGAGAUUCGGAAUAGGGUAUUUUGGACAGCAUAUACCAUCGAGAAACGAGUCAGCAUUCUCCAUGGCAGACCGGUAUCUCUGUCAGAUACGGAUGUAGACGCUGCAAUGCCUGUCGAUUUCCCUGGAUUGAUGCCGCACGGCCAAGUUUCUAACCAUACCAAUAUGGUAACAUUGAUAAAAUUGACCCUCAAACUUGGGGAGGUCUCAAAUGAGAUAUGCGCCCUCCGGAAAUGCCGCAAAAACCAACAACAAGACUGCCUUGAACGACUCCUCACCCUCCGCAAACAUCUGGUCGACUGGUGGAACACCCUCCCUGAAGAAACUGACUGCCGAGACCUAAACCCAAACGGCCCGCUUUUCAGAGCAAACGUUCACCUAAAGCUGGACUACUGUCUAACACGAAUCUUCCUUGGUCGUCCCUUUCUCUUCAGCAGUAUGAAGGGCUUUUCCUCUGCCACCUUCCAGAUCUCGCCAGUAAAGGCGCCCAUGUCCUCCGGUGUCUCCAAGAACCGCUCAACCCUUGUCACGGACUGCGUCGAGGCCGCUCUUGAAAUCAUUGAUCUUUGCCGGUUACUUCGAGAUGAAACGGGUCUUGCCCGUGCCUCUUUCACAGAGUUUAGCUCAUGCCGCGCCGCACUAUUGGUCAUUCUUGCGCAGAGCUUGACAAAGCGUACAGAACGACUCCGGGAAGCGCUGCAGAAGGGCAUGGGGCUUAUUAAGAUUAUGUCCAUGGGUGUCGGGUCGGCCAGGUCUGCGGUUAGUGUUAUUGAGGCACUUGAGAGGGCUAUCUCCCGUCUUGAAGAGUAUAGUGCUUCGCAGGGCGCCGGACAGUCGGGAAGUCAUGAGUCUGCCUACGACCGCUUUAAGAAUUGGGAAAUGCUUUGGAAGACUGGUCCUGUGUCUCCGGAUGCGCACACUCUUACGAACGCGAACACACAUACCAACAUUUUCCAAAGUCAAGGGCAGGGGCAAGACGGUUACCAGUCUGGCGGUAGCGGAGUUCAACCACACUUGGCCAGUCUUACUCCAACCUCAAGCCUUAUGAACUCUCAGAGCCAGUUACACAACGAGAACGCAGCUGUCCCGCAUCACGAUAUCACCUCGCCGUCGGAUUUCUUGACACCCCAUGCGUUCUCGCAAAUGCCGCACAUUGGGCUCGAUCAUUUCGUCUCCAACCUGCCUCAGGAACUAGGUGAAUUCACGGCUAUUCCGUGCUUUGAGACAGAGGGACAAACGGGACCCAGCUCGGGAGCGGGACCGGGUCUCCCAGGAGAGUUGGAUAUGAAAGAGGGGUGGAUGACGUUUUAGUUCGGUCGAUGCAUCUAUUUUUGCUGUGACCAUAUACUGUGACUGGUCGGAUUGACUGUCUCUUUCCUUGUAUAGCGUGCAUACCCCUGCCAGUCAAGAUACCUAGAGUGUUUCCAAACGCUCCUGUUUGCUAUAAGCUGUUCAUGAAAGGAAUGACUGUCACGUAGAAUCUCAUUAUAGAUAUAUAUAC